GUUUUAGAAGUUCACUUAUCCUGACGUCUCACAGUCAACUCGUACCAACACACCCGCUGGAGACUCACGUAAACUUCACGAGUUUCACUUCUUUGUUUGGCUCAAAAGUUCAACUUUGACUUUCACAGUCGGUUCGUCACUGAGGAGCUCCGCCGGAUGAGACCAUUCCUCCACCUGUCCAGUGGCCCGACCUCUCACCAUGAACACCAGUAGGAACUGCACCGCGGCGGGGAACGGCGAGGGUCUGGCCGCCCUGGAGUCGGUCUCCAUCGUGACCAUCACGCUCCUCGCCGGCCUGGGCAACCUCUUGAUCGUGGCCACGCUGUACCGCAGGCCCUAUCUGCUCACGCCCAGCAACAAGUUCGUCUUCAGCCUGACCCUGUCCAACCUGCUGCUGUCCACGCUGGUGCUGCCGUUCGUGGCCGUGAGCUCGGCGAAGAGGGAGUGGGUGUUCGGCGUGGUGUGGUGCAACUUCACCGCCCUGCUCUACAUGCUCAUCAGCUCCGCCAGCAUGCUCACCCUGGGAGCUAUCGCCAUUGACAGGUACUACGCAGUGCUCUACCCGAUGAUCUACCCCAUGAAGAUCACAGGAAACCGGGCGGUUGUGGUCAUCGCCUAUGUGUGGUUACACUCUCUGGUGGGCUGCCUGCCGCCUCUGUUCGGCUGGUCCUCCUUCGAGUUUGACUGCUUCAAGUGGACGUGUGUCGCCUCUUGGCACAGAGAGCCGAGCUACACGGCCUUCUGGGUCACCUGGUGCAUCCUACCCCCGCUCUUCAUCAUGCUCGCUUGUUACGGCGUCAUUUUCCGCGUCGCCCGCAUGAAAGCCCGUAAAGUCCACUGUGGCACGGUCGUGGUGGCGCAGGACGACUCCGCGGGAGCUCAGAAAAACGGACGCAAGAACUCGAGCACAUCAACCUCCUCAAACGGGAGCCGGCGGAGCCUCGUGUACGCAGGAAGCCAGUGCAAGGCCUUCGUCACCAUCUUGGUAGUGAUCGGCACCUUCAUUGUGACCUGGGGGCCGUACGUCGGCGUGGUGUGCACCGAGGCUCUGUGGGGACAGGGGAGCGUUUCUCAGGGGCUGGAGACUCUGGUGGCGUGGCUUUCCUUCUGCAGCGCCGCAUGCCACCCUCUCAUCUACGGUCUGUGGAAUAAAACGGUGAGGAAGGAGCUGCUGGGCAUGUGCUUCGGAGACCGCUACUACAGAGAGUCGUUUGCCACCCGUCAGAGGACGUCCCGGCUCUUCAGCAUCUCCAACAGAAUCACAGACUUGGGCAUGUCCCCACAUCUGACGGCCAUGUUGGCGGGUGGAGGGCAUCUGUUGGCCCCUGGGAGCAGCACAGGAGAUACUGGCUUCAGUUUCACUCAGGACUCAUGCACAGACGUGAUGCUGCUGGACAACUUCUCCAUCGACGACUCCUCCUCUCAUCAACAGCAGCACCACGGGAAUCCGUCCGGGAAGAGGCGGAGCUCGGUCACCUUUGAAGACCAGGUGGAGCAUUCCAAAGCUGAAAACCCCAUCACAUCCUCGGUCCAAGUCCACGCAGAGGUGCACAAAUCUCUCGACAUGUUCGCCUCCUGCCUGGCGAAAGCUAUUGAGAGCGACGCCAAGCUCACCCUGUUCGGGGAGGACCUGGCUCUGCCGGUGGGACUAUUCGUGACGAGGGCGGCGCCGAAGCCCAGAUACCUGGACGGCCAGAGACUGAGGCUGGAGAGCAUUGACGAAGGGAUCGUCAAAGACGACAGGGACGACGACGAAGAAGAAGAAGAGCAGGACGUGGAGGAGAAACCAGCCUGAGCACAGCUCAUCCGGUUACUCGUUGGUCGUCUUUAGACUUUGUACUCUAUCAUUAGAGAACUGUACAGGUUUCACAGCCUCUACUACGCUGUUACAUGUGACCUUUCAGAGUGGAGCCUCUCCGGCUCCGUGGUACAGAUUUAUGAAGUGUCGCUAGCACACGGCGACCCCAUACUUGAAAUAAUUAGGAAACAGGAAGAGGUACGUUCAUUCUUUUCACGAGGUUGGACCAUGCAGAGCGUCACCAUCAGUGUCUUAGUACGCUUUUCUUUUUUACAGAUUAAUGUAGUCCAAUAAGAAGCCUUAACUACUGUAACCUAAACGGUGUCUGCUUGUUGUAGCAAAUGGUUUACUAUAUAUUAUUGUUAUUGUGAGUCCUCAGAAUUAACAUGAACAUAUGCAUCAUUUGGGCCAGGCAGUAUGAAACAAUGCAGUAAUUUCUAUCUUCACGACACUCUAAUCAGAUCCCUCAAAGAGAUUUUCUUAGUUACACUAAGAAAACUAUAUUUCAAAUACAGUUUGUCUUCUGUGUAGGUGCAGAUGAAGUCGCGUUGUGCUUGUACUUCACACGCACAAGUUUCUACUAAUUGUGCCUGAUUAGACCAGACCUCUUCACUGGACUGUGUUGCCAUCUUCAAAUGAAGGUCUUGAUUAGUGUGAGAUUAACGCCGUUAGACAACAGCAACGUGGAGAAGUAGAAUCAUUUUCUCAUUGACUUCCAUAGAAACUGACUUGUUUUUGCAAGAGGGCCAUCGCCCUCUGCCGGUCAUCGAGAGAUUUUUCUUAGAUUGAUGAUAAAAUAUGGAAGAAAAACUGCAUACAUCUAAAAUUACAAUAUAUAAACUUUAUAUUCAGCAGGAAAAAUUAAACUUCAGCAUUCUCUGCCAUUUCUGAAAAAUGUGGCGAGAUACGUCACAGCUCAUGAACUCCCCGCAAGAAGGGAGGUGUCCCCAAUUUGAAGGGCAGCACACACUUCUGUUGCACUGGUUAGUGAGGGGCAGCACUUCAGUCUGCCUUACAUUAUGACCUCCAGAUUAUUUGCAUGAUUAAUGGAUCGUUCUUUUUGUCUGUAGAAUGUCAGAAAAGGGGGAAAUUUCCAUUUAUAACCAACCGUCCAAAACCCAAAGAUGUCCACUUUAUUUUCAUCUACCAGAAAGUGAAGCUGGAACCAUUGAUUAUUUUGGGGGGUAUUAUUGCUUAAAUAAUGACAAAUGAUUGGUUGAUUAUUAAAAAAUAGCAAACGAUUAGUUAGUCAUUGGACUUGUGAUUCCAGCUUUACUAAAAAUGACUUGAGGUGUAAAUACAUGUGGAUUAAUUGGUAUAUCAGAAUAAACAGAUGGAUCAUCAACGUUAUCCCAGUGGUACAGUAGACUGUAUCCAUGUACUGCCCCGCUCUGAGCAUCACCAUAGGAACAGAAUCUGUGGGCUGAUAUCAGUAGUGUUAGUAAAGCAUAUGUGUGACGUGUGUUGCUUGUUGUGUAUAUAUCUGCAGUAAUCAUUAAUCAGGUGAUUUCAGAUCGGUCUCGAUAUUCCACGAUUUUCUCUUCCACAGACGACUGUGACACAUUCACAGUAUAUUGCACUUGAACAAGCCAGCGUUUGCCUGUUCCCACGGAAACCACUCUAAAGUCAGAGAUGAUGAUUAUUACUCUUUUGCUCAAAUGUUUUUUGCAGAUGUUCCAGAGAUUGCUAUAUUAAAAAAAAGAAAUAAUACAUUAGCAAAGAGGCCCACGUUUCCCCAGUACCGUGCACAUUAUGAGCGGUGCAAAGCGGAACCGUGUCAGAUAUAAAUUACUGUAUGUUUCUUUAUUGGUCAUUAAAAGUCGACUCACUGAAAAAUAAAUUUCUUUCAGUGUCGGGAGGACAAGUUAAUAAGUCUUAAUGAAAAAAACAACUACAAAGCUCACUUCUCUUCGUGGUUCAUGUGGUUUACCUCAGUUUAUUACACUCCUUCGUUUCCUUCACGACUAUAAAAGGAAGUCUGAGAUUUAUUAUGAGUAGAGCACAAUUCUGGUGCUUCAGUCUUACCUCGGAUUUUCAUAUUCCUUUUGAACAGGUACUAGGAAAAAGCUGUUCACCUCAGAAGUGAUGUAACCUUUUGAUUUCCUUUAUACAGUAAUACCAAUAUUUGCAUUAAAGUUUUGUAUCAAGAUUUUUUUAUUCAAUGUUUUUGUUUUGUUUUUUACAUAAAAUUUUCUAAACAAACGUUCGUCCUUGUUAUGUGCUGCUGUGAUUAUUUUUUUUUUACCAGGUUGUCUUCAGUUUGUUAACUAUUUAAAAAAAUAAUAAAAUCAUUGAAAUCA